AUUCAUAUAAAACUAAGCAAUAAGGACGAAAACAUACUCGGUUGAAUUUAUAUGCGUGAAAAAGAUACAAAAAUGCACGUUUGCAAACACCAAUCAACAUUCAUCAAUGAUAGUGAUGUGGACGUCAGAUUGGACAAAACUAGGCUACAAUCAACAUACUAAUGGAAGAAUCUUAUAAACUUAAGUGAGUACCAUUAGAUAAGUCUCCAACUAAGAAUUUAUAUCAAGACGAGCAGUGCUAGAAUAGGUCGUUUUUUGAGAAAUAUAAUUAACUGUAUCAGAAAUAUGCAGUGCAAUUUUACUCGAGCUACUUAGAAGCCUGCUCUAGAUUAAAAGAAUGGGGUUGGCUUUGGAAUUAGGGCAUGCGAUUUUUGUGGGUAAAUCGUGGCUGGUACCGUAGGAAAGCCGGUGUCCUGGCCUCUCUAAAUACCCACUUCGACCCACUUGGAUGUCGGAAGCUUGAUCUCAAUUGUUUUAGUUUCACACACAAUAUAUUUAAAACUGCUGGCAUUUCUGUAAUUUAAUAAUUAAUAAUUUUCCAAGUAGCAAAACUUGCUUGAGUUUGGCAGAGAAGGAAAGCAUUGCGAGAUAGAUGAGUAAAACACACACAAACAUAAGAAUGGGAAUGCUAGCACAGAUAAUGGAGAAAUAAAAAUUAUUACUAUGUAUAUUUAAUCGUUUCGAUGGCAUUUUCAAAUGGAUUCUCAUAUUUGCGGCCUAUUGAUUGGUAAUUAAUUUACCUUUCGUUACAUAUUAUAUAUGUGUGCCUGUAGGUUUAUAUCUAUAAAGGAUUUAUAUUAUAUAUACAAAUUUCAAUUUCAAGUACCCUUCGCGGUUCUCCGGGGCUCACCUGAGCAGAUAACCCUCUUUCUCUCAUCUCAUGUAGCGAAUCCGUCCGAAACCAUCAGACUACAACAACAAAAGCGGUGCGCACAGGCAUAAGCAACGUAGACAAUCCCAUUUGUCCUUUACCUUGUAAACGUAACACCCCUUCCGAGAAUCAUUAAGAUUCAACUUUAACGGACUCCAGAGCAAGAUUGAGAAGAUAACUCGAUGAAGACAUCGACCACAGGGACAAUUCUUUAGAAUAUCAAAAUAUAGCAGAAUAUGUACAAAAUAUAUAAUGUACAUAUAUAUACCCUCUGUCACGAGCUGCCUGGCAGGAAAUCACCCUGGUAUUGGUGCUCUUAUCAGAGGUGAAAACCGAUUAGUAGCUGGUGACUUCAACGCUUAUCAGAAUCUUAAGCACUCAAGCUUGCCAAUGAUAUGAUACAAUUUUAUAUUCUCUCAUUUUGAAUUCUAUUUUCUCAUUUGCAACUUAAUUUUCUCAAUUUCAAUUUAAUCAUUCUCAUUUCAAUAUAUCAUUUUCAAUUUCAUAUUCAAUCUAUUUUCUUAUUAUGAACUUGAAAAGAUGUAGCUGACAUUGAAAAAACCACUCUCCCACAGGGACUGAAGAGGUUGUCCUAAGACACACAUCAACAAGAGCAAUGCAUUUUGUUUUUGACUUUGGUCCAAAGAAUGUUAAAAUCUAUAAGCAGAAAGAAGAUUGACACUGUAUAGAAAACAAAAUUAACGUUAAACAAAAUUUGACAAAUUGGAGACCAUAUAAAUGAUAAAAAUCAAAUGAACUACUACUGCCUGUUCAAUGUACCUUGGGUGAACCGCAAAUUUUCUAUGUGGUUGUUGAUGUAGCAGCAUUAACAUUCCCCAUAUUUACAUACGGGGAUUGCUGCUGGAGUGACAGUCCUUGGCCGGAUAUAAAUCCGGGUCGUUUCGGUAACGUAGAACCCACUGUGGUGGAAACGUUUUUCUAUGUGGUCGAUACUCUCUCCUCAAUUCGAGAUCAAAUCUGCAAAAAGAUGACGUAAAGCAAGGGGUGCCAUAGUAGUGUCCUUUUCCCCUUGCUUUUCAACUUCUACAUCCAUCUUUGCCGGAAGAGUCUGCUCCCUACUCUUACUCUAUGAGGUAAAUGCCGACAACUGAUGACCACAGGCUUGGCAGGUUACUUAAUUCCGAAUGUUAGCGAUCAUACAAUAAUUAUUUUAACACUAAAAAUUGUUUAUUACUUACAAUAAUUAAAUUUAAUUUAAAUUGUUUGUGAGGGUUUUGUAAACUGUUAAAACAACUACAUACAUCUUAUUUUCAUAUCUUAAAGUUUCACCUAGGGAGCGUUUAUUUAAAGUCUCUGCUGGAGUCUUGACUUGAGUGAGUUUAGAGCUGAUGAAAUCAGGGAUUAUAUUGGGUUCAACCCAUAUUUUAGCUAAAAUAUCCAACUGAACAUAUUUUACAGUUUGUCGAAUAAGCAAAGCAAUUAAAAACUUCAAUCAACAAACUACAAUCAACAAACUAUUAAAGGGAAUACUGGAACAACAACAAAAUGAACUCAAACUACAAUGGCAAACUGUUGGGGAAAUAAACAUCAUUUGCCACCUGAGGAGAACAACAAUCAACACAAACGUUUUUAACAAUGUAAAUAAAUAUAAUGCUUGAUAUACGAAAUCAAUACAUGAAGACAUUUUUAAAGUUAACUCUCGACUACCUACAGUGCUUUAUUUAAAAUUACUUUCUUCGAUUUAUUAUUAGCAAACAAACAAAAGCUAGCUUUAACAUUUUGAAAAUUCACUUUUUCAGCACCAUUUGGGUUGCUAUUUUUAUUCACAUAAUCAAGCAUAAAACAAAUAAAUUAAUUUUGCAAUGAUUAAACGUAUGUACACAAAUACGAAAGAAAUGCAUAAGAUAAAAUUACUCAACAAAAAAUGGCAUGGAAAAUUGUGAAGGUUCGAAACCUUUAUUUCAACGUGAUGACAUUGUUGUGAACCCCAAUAGCGUUAUUAAGGCUGCGGACUCCCAUACAGAAAAACAUCUUAUAAGUGAAAGUAAAAACAGGGCUAAGGACGUUUCAAAUCAAUAUCUAAAAGGAAGUCGCAGUUCGACAGAUUCUAGCAGUUCAGAAGGAUAUCGGAAGUACCAUACCGGUCCCUAUAAUGACUGCACAACUAGUACCAAUAAUAGAUCGCCUCCACGAACCAAGCCAUUAAAAUCUACUAAUGAAGGAAAACAUACAAUUCGCUGCGACUCGUCACCACCAUUUAACCAUCGUCGAAGACCACCUGAAAAACUGCCAUAUUUUAUAGACGAGACAAGAGAACGUGAUAGACUUCGGCGCAAAUAUGAAACUAAACCCAAAAUACCAUCAUCUUCGCCUCCCUUGUCAUCAAGGUCACGUCAUAGGCGCAGUCGUUCGAAAUCACGGUCUCGCUCCCAAUCUCGAGAAUUUGAGCACCGUUUAAAAUAUGCUAAUCUCCGUCGUUCUAUUUCAACGGAUCGCUACAUAGGCGAAACUGGCAGACGAGAUCGAGGAUCACGCUCCGACAAGACAUCUUCGCGUUAUCGGCAUAGAUCGGAAAAUCGAAGCAAAAGUGACCGUCGACAGAGGCAUUGGCGUUCACCUUCAAGAUCACCUAGACGGUCGCGUGAUCGUUUGACACGUUCACGGAAACAAAGCAGUCAUGAUGAGCGACAUAUGAAUUACCAUAGCGAGCAUGGAGGAGCAUCAAGUGAUGAGUUGGCUCAAAGAAAUUUGCCACAACCGCAGAUAAUAACCAUUCCAGUACCAGUACCUGCUGAUUUUAUGAAUUAUACAUACCCAACGUGGCCAACGCAAUGGAAUCCCCCCAUGGCUCAUCCAGUACGAUAUGGUCCACCCGCUGCCUACCACAUACCAACCAUUUUACCAGCAGCUGUUAUGCCACCAAUGCGGCCGCCGUUGCCACCAUAUGGCCCUCAUCCACCGCCAUUACGUUAUGGUGUGCGUGGAUUUAGAUUACCUCCACAAUAUGGUGCAUCUCGUCCAUGGCGACCCAACUUUCGUACGAAAAAUACCUAAAAAGCGACUGUUAAGUAUUGUAAAGAAUUUAAUUUACGCCAUUUCAUAUAAAUACAUCCAGCACAUUAACUUAAAACAAAGGAUAAAGGAUGAGGAUAGGCUAAAAAUUAGCUUUGCUUGCUGCAUAUGAUAUUUUGUGCAAAACAAUUUGUCCGUUCAACUGGGAAAUUUUUAAUAUUAAGUAAAACCAAUGUAUUAUCAGGGAACAGUGUAACUUACGAUUGGUCGAAAUAAUUUAUUCUUUAUAUAUGUACGCAAAUUUUCAUUAAUUAGAAGUAAAAUUAAAUUUAAAACAUAUUCUGGUUUUUUUCGCUAUCGAAUUUCCUUAGGUUAAUAAAAAUUGGGAAAAAUACUAUACACAAGCCAGGAAAAGUAUCCGUACACAAAGGAAUGAAAGCAACAUAUUAAGAAAUUCUUUGUAAAAAAACUAAAACAUUUUAAAC